AUGAGCUUCUUCGAGUCGAUUGCGCGGUCGCUGGGCGCGUGGAUGGCCAAGCCGCCGCCAGCUGCGCCGGUUUGCAGCAGCGAGAUGCACGCGCCCGAGAGCGCGCUCAAAAAGUACAAGAUCGACGCGUCCGGCGUCUACACGGGGGUCUACGGCCCGCCGUCCGGUCCCUCGAUGCGACGCCAGGUGCACCCCACGGCACGCAGCUCCGCAUGCGAUGCCAUCGACGACGACCUCGUCGCGCGCUUCCAGCGUCACGUGCGGGUUUCGCGCCAGCCCGAGUGGGCAGCCGGCCGCCGCAUCCUCUCGACGGCCAAGGCGCGUCACGCAGCGAGUCUCGCCGAGUACACGCGGCACCUCGCCGAGCUCGACGGCCACGACCCGUCCCAGCGCAGCGGCCUCGCGAAGCUACAGGAGCUUGUGCGCGACUUGAGCCUCCUUGGCCCGCGCGAGGCCGAGAAGCUCAAGUGCAUGGACCGCCUCGAGAAGCUCGUGGACGACGUCGUGCGCACCGGCAACGAAGCGGUGGUGCUCCUCGUGCGCGAGCUCCAGGCGCUGCACGCACCCAUGACCAGCCUCAAGGGCGCGACACUCCAUAUUUUUUCGCUUCUGUCGGCGCGUGACGUGGCAAGCGCACGGCUCGUCGCGCGUACGUGGCACGACGUCGUGGCGUCCAAGCGUCUCUUGACGACAUCGCUUCGGACGCCAAUCGAUCGGUGGCGCUUCUGGACGCACUGCAUUCGCCGGCGCCCGGGCUACGUGCCUCAGUGCUUUGACUAUGGACAUCUCGUUGCGGCCGCGAUGGCCGACGUGGCCAACCCCCACCAUCGCGCGAUUGACGCCGACGUGCGCCGCACCACCUUUCGCCGUGGGAUCUACGCGCAUCAACAAGUGACAUCUUGUGACGAGAGCGACGCGCAGGCCAUGCUUGCGCGGCUACUCCGCGCCUAUGCGGCGCUCGACCCUGAGAUCGGGUAUUGCCACGGCAUGACGUUCUUGGGCAGUGCGCUUCUGAGCUGCCUCGCGUACAACGAGGCGUCCGCGUUCGAGAUCUUUGCCGCGCUCCUGUUGCACUAUGGGUUCCGGGACGUCUUUCGGUGCCCGGACCUUCCGGGCGCCAAGCUGCGCAUGUAUCAGCUCGACUGCCUUGUGCGGGUGCACCUCCCGCACGUGGGAUCUGCGCUCCUCAAGCAAAAAGUGCAUCCUCAAAUGUACGCGUCGGGCUGGAUCCUCGCGCUAUUUCUCCACGAAGCCAGCCUCACGAGCGAGAAUAUGGUGCUGAUUUUGGAUGGGUUUCUGCAGCAUGGCUGGGGGGCCAUGCUGCGCCUCUACGUGGGCUUGCUCAGCGUGCACGCGGACCAAAUCCUUGCGCCCAAGCCGCUUCAAGCCCUCGCCAAGCUCCCGAAAACCCUCAACCAGUCGCUCAUUGCCGCACUCGAAGCCGGCGACCAAGACACGCUCGUGCUCGCCACGUCCGAGCCGGCGCUCGCACUGCUGGCCGCGGACUACGACCCCGCCACGUCGCUCAUGGACUUUUUCUAA